CCUCAUCGGACUCAGUCCUUUCACACUGACGCACCGACUCCAUGGAGAACGAGCUCAUAUUAAUGUUUACACACACGCAGCAAAAAUACUGGUGUUAAAUGAUCUGCGCAAAGUUAAAGGAGGAGGUUUAACAUGGACAAAGAGAGAAGAUCCUCUAAACAGUAUGGAGCCGUGGAGGAGACACGAGUGGACGCAGACACGGAGAAACCAACAGAAGAUGUCAUUUCAAUGGCUGACUCCUCCAUCACGAUUGAGGACAUCGAAGGAGAGCUGUUCAAAAUCGAGCGAAUAAGAGACAUCCUCGUACGGAGGGAAUCAGAGCUGAGAUACAUGAUGGAUGACAUCCAGCUCUGCAAAGAAAUCACACGGCUGAAGAAGGAGCUGCAGAAACUUGUUUCAAUUCCAGAAAAAGACAAGUCGAAGGAGGACAGAGAGCGAGAAGAAGAGCUGCUGCAGCAGAUCAACAAACUGGUGGAGACCAGAGACUUCCUGGUGGAGGAUGUGGAGUUUGAGCGGCUGAGAGAAAGAGAGGAAGACAGAGAGAUGGCAGCGUUCUUACAGUCAAAAGUUUCCAAGACAUUGGCUAAAAAAGGUGCUUUGAAAGAUCAGAAGGUGGCGUCCAAAUCCCAGGUGACACCGGCACCAUUUCUCACUAAAACUGGACUCACACUGUUGAAAGACUGCUGUGGAUUAACCUGCUCCAUCAUGUAACCCACCACCAGCCCUAUUAGGAACAGUUAUCUCCAUUCAUUUCCAUCAUACUCCUCUUUUGCAUAUUAUGUAAGAAAUAUAUAUUAUAAAAUUUUGUGUGAUUUGCUACUGUGAAAUAUUGUGCUUAUAUGUCUUACAGCAAGGAAGAUGACAGGUUUAUUGUCUUAUAAUGGCUCCUGUCUAAUUAAGGUAAUGGGAUGGGAUUACGGCAGCUCCAAUUGUGCACUUACCCAUUUGAUAUGUAUAAGACAGUGUAAGUGUAGCUCUGAGAUCAUAGUAUACGUGCUGAUGUGCAGCUGUAGCUUUAGGAGUAAUUUAAUAGCACUGCAUGGACUGAAACUAUGGGUUAGCAAUGAGUCAUUUACGAUGUGCAGCUCUGGCUGAUGAACUCAUGGAUUAACUCACCAAUAGAUUCACUAUGAGGAUGUUUAAUAUGACAAGUGUGACAUCUCAAGGUACAGUCGGUACUGAGACAUGUCUCAAAGCUGCAGGAAUCAAACACUACAAGCUAUUCAGUCAAAAUCAACAACUAAAUAUUAAGUUAUUAAGUUCAAGCCAGUCUGAUCACUACAAACUGUCAGUUAAUCCUCCUACCUGUCUGAACACACCUGAGUGGCCAAAAACACCUAUCAAUCUAGGUGGCGCUGCAGCUUGGAGAAAAAUGUGUCAAACUUGGUUUAACUCAUGGUAAAGGAAGAAUAAAACAAUUUUUUGUGUAGGAUAGGAAUUUAGGCAUGAGAAUUUAACCCUGUGAAACUCUGAUGGCCUUAAAAAUGUAUUAAUUUCUCUUUCAAACAACACUGAGUUUGAGUAACCACAUGUUAU